AUGUCGGCCGUUGACAACUACGGCGCAGUCCGCGACAGCGGCUACCGCGAUCAUUCCGACAGGAUGAGCCCGACCCCCGAGAAGGCAUCCAGCGAUCUGGCCACAGAUUCCGAGAAGAAGUAUGGAGAGGCGUACGAUCUCGAAGCCGCCCCGACCGUGCAGGUCGAGAAGCCGGACAAAUUCAACAGCCUGGGUUGGAUCCAGCUCACCGUCUGCCUGAUUGUCGAAGCCAUCGCUCUCGGAUCCCUCAGUAUUCCUUCGGCCUUUGCCAAGGUGGGAAUGGUCGCGGGAGUAAUAUUGUCCGUGGGCUUGGGCUUCAUCGCAAUCUAUACCAGUUACGUGGUGGGUCAGGUCAAGCUGAAGUACGACCAUGUACACCACUAUGCGGAUGCGGUCAGACUGAUCUGGGGCUGGUUUGGAUACGAGCUUGCCUCGGUCAUGUUUGUCCUCCUCCUGGUCUUGCUGGUCGGAUCGCACGUCUUGACCGGCACCAUUGCUUGGGUCGAUAUUGUCAAAGAGCCCGGGGUUUGCGCGUUGGUCUUCUCCGUCGUGUCCGCCAUCAUUCUGUUCUGCCUGGCCCUGCCGCCGACAUUCCAUGAGUUCACCUGGUUGGGCUAUGUCGACUUCGUCUCCAUCAUCCUGGCCAUCGGCAUCACAAUCAUUGCGACGGGAGUGGAGGCUUCCCAGAGCGCAGGUGGCCUUUCCGGAGUGAACUGGAGUGUGUGGCCUCCGGAGGGCGUCACUCUCGCCGACGGCUUCCUCGCCACCACCAACAUCAUCUUCGCCUACUCUUUCGCCGUCUGCCAGUUCUCCUUCAUGGACGAGAUGCACACCAAGACGGACUAUGUCAAGUCCAUCUGGACUCUGGGUCUGGUGGAGAUCUUCAUCUACACCCUCACCGGCGCCAUCAUCUAUGCUUUUGUUGGUAAUGACGUCUCGUCUCCCGCUCUGCUGUCGUCGGGCGCCACCAUGUCUCGGGUCGCCUUCGGCAUUGCACUUCCCGUCAUCUUCAUCUCCGGAUCCAUCAACGGCACCGUGGUCGCGCGAUACCUUCUUGACCGUGCCUUCAAGGACAACGCCACCAUCAGGUACAUCCAGGGCGUCAAGGGCUGGUCCGUCUGGCUCAGCCUGAUCGCCGUCAUCACGAUCAUCGCCUGGAUCAUCGCCGAAGCCGUUCCAUUCUUCAGUGCGCUCCUCGGUCUGAUUUCCAGCUUGUUCAUCUCCGGCUUCACCUUCUACUUCCCCGCCCUGUUCUGGCUGAUGCUCAUCAAGGAGGGCAAAUGGUAUUCCAGCCUGCACAAUAUCGCCCUGACCAUUCUCAACGUGGUCGUGCUCGGAAUCGGCAUUGCGUCGUUGGGUCUGGGAACGUAUGCUUCGGUGAAGGACAUCACCGACCAGUAUGCUUCCGGCUCGACCAGAGGAGCUUUCAGCUGCGGACAGUCCGGUUACACAUGA